AUGUCUAUUUGUGAUAAUGACCCUAUUUUAUUUAAUGUUAAUAAUUCAAUGACAAUAAAAAUUCUAAAAAAUGUUAGAAAUUUUGGAAAUUCAUAUAUGAAAAUUCAUCCAUAUAUUUGUUUUGUAAUAUGUUUAAUUGGAACUACAUUCAAUUUUAUUCAUUUAAUUGUACUUACAAGAAAAAAUCUUAGAAAGUCAUCAGUUAAUAGUAUAAUGACAGUAAUUGCUAUAUGUGAUAUGAUAACUAUGUUAACAUAUUUAAUAUAUAAUUUUCAUUUUAGAAUCAACAUAAAUUUUCAAUUUUUUCAAUGUUUAAAUCCAUUUUCAUAUUUAUGGUUAGUAUUUUUAUACUUUCACGUAAUUUUAUCAAUAUUUCUUCAUUCUUUAACACUUUGGUUAGCUGUAGUUAUGGCAUUUGUAAGAAGAACAACAUUUAAAACUAACUCAUUUCAUUCACCAUGGCAAAGUUCAAUGAUAGCUUAUAAAAUUUCUUUUAUAUUGAUGAUUGGUGUUUUUAUAACAACGAUGCCAAAUAUUAUUGUACAUACAAUUUCAAAAACAACUAAAGUAUGGAACAUAGAAGAUAGUAGUCAAGUAUAUUGUAAAAAUUUUUAUGAUAAUUCUACUUUAUUAAAAGAAGCCAUUUAUACAUUAGACUUUUCUGAAAUAGCAAAAAAAAAUAAUUGCAAAAUUUUUAAAGCAAAUUUAUGGUUAACCGGAAUUUUUAAUAAACUAAUACCUUCUAUUCUUCUACUGUUGUUAUCAUUUAACUUAAUGUAUAAAUUAAAUGAAGCAGAAAAAAAAAGAAAAAAGUUUUUUUAUCAAUACAGGAAAACUUCAAUCAAUGAAAGGAAGUUUAAAAAAGAUAAAGCAACAACACUUUUAUUAGGAAUAUUAAUUGUAUUCCUGUUAACGGAAUUACCUCAAGGAAUAAUUAUAAUAUUAAGUGCUAUAUGGACAAAUGAUAUUUUUAAAGAAAUAUAUCAUUAUGUGGCUGAUUUUUUAGAUUUAUUAUCAUUGAUAAAUUCAUCAGUUCAUUUUUUUAUGUAUUUUAUAAUGUCAUCAAGGUAUAGAAUAACUUUUGUUAAUAUUGUUUUUCGUAAAAAUUUUGGAUAUUUAUCACAUUUUUCAAGUCGGGUAACAAAUUCACUUUUUUCAAGAGAACCAACAAAUUAUGUUUCAGAAAUUGUAUUAAAAUUAAAUGAUGAUUCUAAUAAAACAAAUUCAAGUUACAGAAAAAGAAUAAAAACAGACAAAUUAAAACAACAAAAAAGAUAUAAUAAAAGAAAUGAUAUGGAAGUUAAAGACAAUAACAGUGUUUAUAGUAGAAAAAAAUUAAAUAAAAAAUUUAUGACAUCAUCUGAAAAAAGUUUAAAUAUUCGUAUAAGUGAUACAAGUACCUAUAGUAGUUUUUCAAGUUUAUUCGCAUAUAAUAAUCUAAGAAAAGAAAAUAUUUGUGAAGUUGGAUAUACAUGUUCAAAUAUAAAUGAUAUAAAAAAUAAGCAACAAAAAUCUUUUGGUGAUGAAAAUAUAAGCUACUUAUAA